ACGAAAAAUACGAAAACCGCUGAAAAAGCAAGUUACUAAAAUAAGUUUUAAAACAAAUGCAGUAAUCUUAUUAACACUUUUUUAAAAAGUUAAUGUAAUUCUUUACACGUUAACCGGCCUUAUCUGACAUCUGAUAGAACAUCUGUCACCAGCCAGCAGUGUAACGUUACUAGAUACUACCUCCAGUACAGUAGUCUAGAUAUUAGGCUAUAAACGUAGAUAGAAGUUGACGAGAUAGGACGGUUGCACAGAAUAUUGCAAAGAAGUCGAGGACACGUGUAAACAUGGAACUUCUAACUAUCGUAGAAGUUGUAACUCAGAUAGUUACAUAUCUUAUGUUUGCAUGUGGAAUACCACCAUGCAUUGAUAUGUACAGAACCAAAAGUACCAAGAAUAUGCCUUUCACUUAUUUCGCCAUUGGGUUACUGAAUGCCUUGUCGGGUUUGCUGUAUGGCUACUUAGCAAAUCUUCUACCGCUGGUGUAUGUAAACUCUAUUGGUUUGAGCUUCAACUGUGUCUACAUUCUAGUAUACCUUGUCGUCACUCGGUCGAAGGGUACUGCUAUAAUGCAGUUGGUGUCCGUGUGCAGCCCACUGGCACUCUACUACAAGUACAUAACCUCUCUAGGAAGCAGUGAAGAAGUUGUACUGAAUCAGCUCGGGGCCUUCAUGUUCUGUGUGACUGUCUGUCUCAUGAUGUCAACUUUCCUUGAUGGAAUCCAGUGUGUGCAAGAGAAGAGUGUUGAUGGAUUGUCCAGAUCCAUGUUGCUGGGUGGCCUGUCCUGUGCUCUGUGCUGGCUCAUCUAUGGACUCAUGCUCAAGGACUUUUACAUCUAUGCACCAAAUGUGAUAUGUAUUGCCUCCAGUAUUUGGAAAAUUUUCUUGAUUUUUAUAUAUGGUGGAAAAAAAUCAAAGAAGAUUGAGUGACCAUACCAAUAUGUUAAGAACAGGUUCAGACACGAGGCCAUGGUUCUUAUAGCAUAUAUCACAUAAGUAUAUCUACUGUGGAAAACUCACACAGAAUUACCUAUGACAUCUUAUCUAAACUACUUCAUAUUUCUUGUGUGCCUCUGACAGGAUUUGAACCCAGGACCAAAGCUAUGGUUCAUAGCUAAAAAAAUUUGUUAAAGUUUUCUGUGUGUAUGUCAAACCUUUCUAUAAAGGCCAUUCUAAGAAGCAUAAAGUAGUGAGCUUUAUAGGCAAUGGAUUGUAAUAUAUUAUCCAUUCUCUAAUUGGGCUCCCGGGUCUGUAGAUUUGGAAAUAAAUAAACAUCGGUAAUAGAAACAGAUAGCCUUUAUAGACAGGUUUUUGUUAUAUAGAGGUGGCCUUUAGAGUAAAUUGACAUGGAUUUGUCCACAUUAAUAUUUGUCUCUAUUAGCAUUGGAACCCAGGACCAAAGAUUUGGAUUCUUAUACAAGAUUGUUAUUAACUACAUGUAUGUGUAAUACUUAAGGUAUCAUAUACAUUUUUGUACUGAAAUAUUGUUUACCAAGUACAUUUAAGAUUUAUUUAAACUUAACAUAUAUAUAUAUACAGCAAUGUAUGUGUGUUUGCCUUCACCAGUAUACCAAGUAGAGUACACUCUAUGACAAAGUCUAAAGUGACCUAUUCUAAUCACCUGUUGUCCGUCGUCGUGUGCCAUCCAUCGUCUGUUGUAUAUCCAUAAACAAUUUACAUUUUCGACUUCUUGUGAAUUUCAUGACCUGGGGAUCUCACGUUUGCCCCUUGGUAGGGGGUAAACAUAACUCAUGUUUUUAUAGGGAAAUCACAUUUUUGACGAUCAUUUGUUUGAUUUUUAUCGGAAUUCAACAAACUUGGUCAACAUUAUCAGCAUGGGAUUUGAUGGUAUGCACAUACUGACUUUGACCGACCCCAAGGGGCUUAUGGGGGAGGGGCAAAAUGCAUCAAAUUAACUGAAAUUUAAAAAAACAUCUUCUCAAGAUCUAGACCGAAGUAAGGUAGAGUCAAAUAUUCCUCAUAGUAGGAAGGGUCUUAAGGUGCUUUACCAAAUAGUGAAUUUCAUGACCCUGGGGUCUCAUGUUUGCCCCUUGGGAGGAGGUAAACUUAACUAUAGUUUAUAGAAGGAAUUACAUUUUGACUAUCAUUUAUUGGAUUUCUUUUGGAAUUAAUUCUAACAUGUUUAGAAUUAGCAGUUUUAUGGUAUGCAUAUGAUGGUCUAACUGACUCCCAAGCUUCCCAGGCUGAUGGGCGAGACCAGAAAGGUCAAAUUGACAGAAAUAUUUCAAAACUCAGGUGACCGUUAAGGCCCAUGGGCCUCUUGUUUAUUUAUUUAAAACAAUAGUCAUACAAUUUAUUUUCAUACACUGGAAGAUACAUGUUUUUGAACUUUUCUACACCAAGAAGUUAUAUCAUACAGGAAUAUACUACCAAUUACUCCAUUAUAUUGAUUUAAUCCAAUCAAUACCCAUACAUAUUGUUUUGUGGCCCUUUGAUAUAAAACUUUUAAAAUCAAAAGAAAUUGUUGAGGAUUGAAAAAACAGCUUUUAUAUGAAUUUUGUCCUGUUUGUAUAUACCAAUCCUGGGUAAAAAUAUUUCUGUUUUAACUGGUAAAGGGGAUGCCUAUGUGAGAUAAACAUAAUAUUUUCACCAUUUUUGAUCAGUACAUAGAACAAUAUCAGACGCUAAAAAAUGGAUUGACACCCAACAUCCCCUCACAGAAACACCUGGUAAUUGAUGAAAUAAGCAUUUUCACCUGUAGUACAGUGUAUAUACGGCCCCGUAUAUACAACACUUAGAUGGUGUGCCAUAUUAGUUACAGAUGUUGAUUAAAUCAUUUCAACCAUAUACAAUCAUCACUUUCAUAUUAUAUUGAAAAAUUAUAAUAAAUCUAUCCCAGAGAUUUGUAGUGAUCUAUGUACCAGUGUAUGGUACAAAAAGUUAUUUGCUUUAUGCAUAUAAUGUAUAAACAAUGUAGUCAUAAGUGUUGGUGAUAGGAUAUUUUAAAUGGAUUGGAGAGAGGAAGGGCUUGUUAAAAUUUUGGGGUGUGUGGUUAGAUCAACAUGCUGUUAAAAUGACACCUGUUAAUCAAAUUUUAUUUCUGGAUUUCUGAUACUGUAACUUGAUUUUGUUUAACCCAGGAUAUUGUUAUAUUUGUAAUCUGAUUAAUGAAAGCAUAUCACAUAUAUAUAUGUUUUAAUUGAAGGGCAACCACUAUAGCACAGCUGGAAUGUGAUGAUCAGAAGGAGUACAUGGUACCUGUAACAUAUAUUACAUACAUAGCCUCUUUACCCUUGUUAUGAGAUUGAAAGACACUGAUAUCAAAUUGUUUAAACAGACCAUUUUUCAUUAAUGAAUAUUGAAUAUUCGUUCCCGUUAUCCGUGCCUUUAAAAAUGUGAUACACCUGUUGAUAUUAUACAGUUUAUUUAGUCCAGCAACAAUCAAUUGUCAUGUUGGUUUUGUGGAAGUAGCAAUAUAAUAUGUGUACAGGUGGACAUCUCGGCUACAUCAUUUAUCAUGGUCUAAAUAGUCAAAAAUUUUAUGAAAUCAAAUAAUGAUGGGCAAAGUGAUCUUAUGUUGCAUUCUGAUUGGCCAUGACAAAGUCUGUAUAAUAUCUGUAGGGCAGAAAUGUUAAAUUUAAGAAAUUUGCAAAUCAGUUUGUCCACAUCAACCAAAAAGUCUCUUGGUAGAUUGUUCUAUUAAGGGGCAUCUAAACAGCAAAUCCAGCCAAAACAGUUGAUAUUUUACAAGGCUAUACAUCCCUACUAGGAUGCAAUUUAAUAGAAGUAACUUGAUAA